AGCGGCCAAGGAGAGGGAGAGAGAAAGAGAGAAGGAGAACAAUCUCUGAUUUCAGAGGGGGGUUUUUCACUAAACGUCGUCCUCGCUUUUACCUCUGGUACUUCGCACUUCUUCAAGUUCGAAAUGGCGACAAGAACCGUUGUUCCACAACAAGCAGUCAGAGGGGAGGCAGUAGUUGGAGGAGUAAAGCAGCAGAAGAAGAAUGGAGCGGUGGAGGGAAGAAAUCGCAGAGCCCUUGGCGACAUAGGAAAUCAGGUCCCUGUCCCUGCUAGGGGUAUAGAAGUCGUCAAGCCCAACCGUCCCGUCACCAGGAGCUUCCGUGCCCAACUGCUUGCUAAUGCCCAAGCUGCUGCUGAAAACAAGAAACAGGCUUGUGCAAAUGUCGGUGGACCUCCUCCUCCUGUUCUCGAUGUGGUUGCUAAUAGAGCCGCCCCUAAGCCUGCUCAGAAAAUAGUCUCUGUUAAACCCAGGAAUGAAGAUGUUGUUGAAAUAAGAUCUGAAGAAGAAAUUAGAAAGGAGAAGGCUGCGAACAAGAAAAAAGAAGGAGAUGAAAAAUCAAAGAAGAAACCACACACUCUCACCUCAGUACUCACAGCUCGAAGCAAGGCAGCAUGUGGUGUGACCAACAAACCAAAGGAGCAGAUUGUCGAUAUUGAUGCUGCUGACACCGGUAAUGAGCUUGCAGCCGUGGAAUAUAUUGAAGAUAUUUACAAAUUCUAUAAGCUAGUUGAGAAUGAGAACCGUCCUCACGACUACAUUGGCUCGCAGCCUGAGAUUAACGAAAAGAUGAGAGCAAUAUUGGUUGAUUGGCUCACAGAUGUCCACUCCAAGUUUGAUCUUUCGCUGGAAACUCUUUAUCUAACUAUCAACAUAAUAGAUCGAUUUCUUUCAACCAAGAUCGUGCCAAGAAGGGAACUCCAACUGGUUGGCAUCAGCGCCAUGCUCAUGGCUUCCAAGUAUGAAGAAAUCUGGCCCCCUCAGGUUAACGACUUUGUUUUCCUGUCGGAUAGAGCUUACACUCAUGAACAGAUACUCGCAAUGGAGAAAACCAUUCUGGGCAAGCUGGAAUGGACUCUGACAGUACCCACACACUACGUGUUCUUGGUUCGUUUUAUCAAGGCAUCACUCCCAGAUGAGGAGCUGGAAAACACGGUGCAUUUUCUUGCUGAGUUAGGACUGACGAAUUACGGGACAAUAAUAAUGCACAGCCCAUCGAAGGUGGCGGCGUCGGCAGUGUAUGCAGCUCGGUGCACUCUGAACAAGAGCCCCUCCUGGAACGAGACGCUUGGUCUACAUACGGGUUAUUCAGAAGAACAACUCAUGGAUUGUGCAAGAGAAUUGGUGAGGUGUCACUCCAUGGCUGGGAGUGGGAAGCUGCAGGCAGUGUACAGAAAGUACUCAGAUGGGAAGAGAGGAAUGGUGGCGCUGCUGCCGCCGGCUAAGAAUCUCUUACACUUGGGGGAAGAAGGAAGAUGAACACACAUGACUGUUGAAAUGUGCAAUAACCAUUUGUUAUUGUUCUUCCCUUAGCCCUUCUGCCUUUUCUUAUGAGAUUAUGUUAAUUAUUAUUCUCAUUGUUUUCGUGAGAUUGACCCAUUGGGUUUCAUGCUCCUAUUAUUUUUGUCGCCCCAGACAAGAAAUGUUUAUUUGAUGAUUUGUCAAGGAGCAUGGUUAUAUCAGUGUGUGUAAUGAUUAACAAUUACAUGUUUACUCUAUGCGGAUUAUGCGGAUUUUGAGUUCAAUGUAUGAACGUAGAUACUAAAUUAUGAAAUU